GAGCUGCCAUUCAUUUACUGUCUUAGUGUGGAGAGUCUUAAACAAUCACCAUGUCUCUCGCUCUGUUGCUGCUGCUCAUCAGCAGCGCCCAGGCUACUCAUUUUUAUGGAACAGUGAUGACGUACUACCCAAAAAACACUGAUGCUAAUGGAUCCGUCAAGGUGGUCCUUCGCUAUAAGCUCGGCUUCCACACUUGCAGCGGUCAGACGUGGACCUGCCACAGCGGGGACUGUGGGAACCAGACUGUCCUGACCAAGACAGUGGACCAGGAGAGCAGUGGACCCUGGUGUCAGACAGAGGGAAUCAUGACUCGCCAGGUUCCCAGCAACGCUCCCUUUCAGCUGUUGUUGUCUAGUGGUGACUGGAUAAAUAACGUACAGAGCAUUUUGUCGUGGAGUGCUGUGACCCUGGUGGAACUAAGGAACCGGUCAGACAUCGGCCGAGCCAACACGUCCCCCCAGACCACCAUCCUGCCCCUUCUGAUAGUUCCUUCAAACUGUCAGAGAGAGUUCAACCUGUUGGCGUUCGACCCGGACGGAGAUGAGGUUAGAUGCAGAUAUGGAGAUGUAACUCUGUCUGAGUGUGCUACCUGCACACCGCCGACUGUUCUCAAUCUCUCAUCAUCCUGUACUCUGUCCUUCAGCCCCACCCUGAGCAGUAAUGAGGGUGCGUACGUCGUACAGCUGGUGAUGGAGGACUUUCCCCGGCAGACUCUCACGCUGACGCAAACCAACGGGUCGCAGACGACCGUAACUACCAACACUGCUAUCAGCAAAAUACCUCUUCAGUUUGCUGUACGGGUGGGCCCUGCAGCGCCGUCUUGCACAGAGGGACUCUAUCUGCCCCUGUUCCUGUCUCCAACCCCGGCCAACAGAGCUCAGCUGUACACCCGUGUCAAUCAGGUCCUGCAAAUCAACAUCAGUGUAGUAGCAGCCAAUGUCUCCACGUUUCAGCUCCUGGUCAGUGGGCCCUACAACGUCAUCCGGAAUACAUCGGAAACAGGACAGUACACUUUGAAAUGGACGCCGUCUGAAAACAAAGAUGGAGAAAGCCACCCCAUCUGUUUUGUCGUACAGGCAGUUUCCAAUAAUUCGGUGAGAUAUCACUCCGAGCUCCGAUGUGUCAUUGUGAAUGUUGGAAACGACCCAACAUCCCCAAGCCCAACAUCAACCACCACCCCAUCUACAACCAACUUUUCAACAACUACACCAUUGACCACUCCAAACAUCACUACGCCAAACAUAACAACCACCCCAUCUACAACCAACCUUUCAACAACUACACCAUUGACCACGCCAAACAUUACAACCACCCCAUCUACAACCAACUUUUCAACAACUACACCAUUGACGACGCCAAACAUAACAACCACCCCAUCUACAACCAACCUUUUCAACAACUACACCAUUGACCACGCCAAACAUUACAACCACCCCAUCUACAACCAACUUUCAACAACUACACCAUUGACCACGCCAAACAUUACAACCACCCCAUCUACAACCAACUUUUCAACAACUACACCAUUGACCACGCCAAACAUCACUACGCCAAAGAUAACAACCACCCAGUCUACAACCAACUUUUCAACAACUACACCAGUUACCAUCCCUGCCACAAAUACAACAACCAAUACCCCAACAAUUACGCCACAACAAAACAGUCCGCCACCAGCUACUACACCAGUAACCAGCGUCUCAAACCAUAUUGUUAUUUUGAGACUGAAGGUUUCCUCGCCAUCUCCACUGUCUGAAGUCUUCAUCAGGAGUACCGUAUUGCAACAGAUUAAAGAUGAACUGGUGAAUCGAGGGUUGCCGUCAAACACGAUUGUACGCCUUGUGAGUACUGGGUAGUGUGUUCAUUUCCGACCACAGCGACCCCUGUUGAUUGAACAUUUACUGACCCGUGGAGAGAAAGUUGUCAGUUGCCUGUUAAAUUUUAACAUUAAAACAUGUUUACAUUAAAUCAAUGGUCAGCUUUUAUGUGUAAAUAUCAUAGUGUAUACUAAGGACGUAAAUAUUUGACUGUAUAAUAUACAGAACAUAUGUUAAAUUACACUCUACUCAUUGUUGUUUAACCAAACUUUAUUUUUUUUUUAAAUACAUGUAAUUAUUUGACUGUAUAAUGUAUAAGGUUCCUGUUGUGGUGUGUAUUAAAAUAUCUUGCUGCCUUUGAUUAUUUGUCCAAUAUGUGAUAUACAUAUGUCCAUUUCUAAG